CUCUUUUUCCUCCUUCAACAGCACAAUCAUUUCAUUUCAUUUCUAUAUUUUGAGACAAUUAUUUCUAAACACACAACACAGCCAGAGAGACAACAAACAACUGAUAGAAACAACAACAUCAGCAUGGUGAGAAAACAUAGUUGGAUCAAAUUCCAUUAACCGAGGAAAAAAAAAGAGAACCAACAAAAACCCAGAUAACUGGUUGUGUCGGGUUCGGGUUUAUCGGAUCCGUUUCUCUGGUUCCAACCGUUGAUGUUGUUGCUGUCGCGGUGAUUAUAGUGCUCGUGGUUGUUCUCUUUCAGGAAUCUCAAUAAUUCAUUGUUUUUUAGGUUAGGUGUUCUUGGGGUGAGGUCUGAAUGGCUGGGAUUGAUGAUAAUGUUGCCCUUUCUGGCGAUUGGGGUCUUGCUAGCCCAAGUCCAAGAACAUUUUUCUCUAGAAUGUUAGAGGAAGAAAAUGUAACAAGAUCAGUCUCAGAGCAUUCUGGAAGUGGUAGAACUGGGGAAUUCUUUUCAGGACCACAUGAGCCUAGUGAGACAGGGAAGAGAAACAUGCAGGAUGCAACACAAGAUGGAGAUUCUGUAGCCCAAUUGAGUUUUCAGACCGAGCAAAAGCCUAACUCCAGAGGUGGUCUUGUGGAAAGAAUGGCUGCUAGAGCUGGGUUUAAUGCUCCUAGGUUGAACACUGAAGGCAUUAGAUCUACUGAUCUUUCACUCAAUUCUGACAUUCAGUCUCCUUACUUGACCAUCCCACCAGGUCUCAGUCCUACUACACUUUUAGAUUCUCCAGUGUUCCUUGCAAAUUCACUGGCACAGCCAUCUCCAACAACUGGAAAGUUUCUGUUUAUGUCAAAUGGCAACAUGCGGCACCCUGAAUUAUCAUCUGAUGCUCCAGAAAAAUGUAAAGAUAAUGGCUUUGAUGAUAUCUAUACAUCAUCCUUUGCUUUCAAGCCUGCAACAGACUCAGGCUCCUCUUUCUAUCAUGGUGCUGGAAGAAAAAUAAAUCCAACUACAUUUCCUCAACAAUCCCAUCCUGGUAUUGAGGUUUCGGCUCAGUCAGAAAAUUCUUUUCAUUCCCAAAGUGUUGAUGCUGCCAAAGUUCAAACUGAGAACAAAAAUGGUCUUCAUCUUCAGGCAGACUUUGCCGAAUCGCCUCCUGAAAAGGAUAUUAAAAUGUUUCCAGCUGAUCAAAGGGCUUUUGAUGCUGUUGGUGGUGGCAUUGAACAUUCUACACCAGUUGAAGAGCAUGGAGAUGAAGAAGGAGAUCAAAGAGCCAAUGGAGAUUCAGUGACUGGUGGUGUUGGGGGCGCACCAUCUGAUGAUGGAUAUAACUGGAGAAAAUAUGGCCAAAAACAAGUGAAAGGCAGUGAGUACCCUCGAAGUUACUACAAGUGUACCCAUCCAAACUGUCAGGUCAAGAAGAAAGUAGAACGAUCCCACGAAGGCCACAUAACUGAGAUCAUCUACAAGGGAACGCACAACCAUCCAAAACCUCCUCCUAGUCGCCGAUCAGGCAUAGGUUCAGUUAACCCUCACACUGACAUGCAAGUUGACAACCCUGAACAUGUUGAAUUACACAAUGGUGGUGAUGGUGACAUCGGCUGGGGUAAUGUACAAAAGGGAAAUAUAUCUGGAGCUGCUAACUGGAAGCACGAAAACCUUGAAGCAACAUCAUCAGCAUCUAUUGGCCCUGAGUACUGCAACCAGUCCAAUUUGCAGACGCAAAAUGGUGGUACUCUUAUUGAUUCAGGAGAGGCAGUUGAUGCCUCGUCUACUUUCUCUAACGAAGAAGAUGAAGACGAUCAAGGCACUCAUGGUAGUGUAUCAUUAGGUUAUGAUGGGGAAGGAGAUGAAUCAGAGUCCAAGAGAAGGAAACUGGAAUCAUAUGCAGACCUGAGUGGAGCUACUAGAGCCAUCCGUGAGCCUAGAGUUGUUGUACAAACUACCAGUGAGGUAGAUAUCCUUGAUGAUGGUUAUCGGUGGCGCAAGUAUGGACAAAAAGUUGUCAAAGGAAAUCCCAACCCAAGGAGUUACUACAAGUGCACAAAUGCAGGCUGCACAGUAAGGAAACAUGUGGAGAGAGCAUCACAUGACCUUAAAUCUGUGAUCACCACUUAUGAGGGAAAGCACAACCAUGAUGUUCCUGCUGCUCGUGCCAGUAGCCAUGUCAAUGCUAACGCGUCAAAUGCCAACCAAGCUUCUGGUGUUCUUCAUAGCCAUGUUCAUAGACCGGAACCAUCUCAAGUACAUAAUGGCAUGGGAAGGCUUGAGAGGCCAUCCCUCGGCUCGUUCAACCUACCUGGAAGACAGCAGCUAGCACAUUCCCACGGCUUCUCCUUUGGCAUGAACCAACAAAUGCUAUCGAAUCUGGCAAUGUCAGGGUUAGGCCACAUGCAAGCCAAGCUCCCUGUCAUGCCUGUUCAUCCAUUCUUGGCACAGCAACAACAGCAAAGUCCUUCAAACGAUUUUGGUUUCAUGAUGCCAAAGGGAGAGCCAAAUGUAGAGGCUAUUCCUGAACGUGGUGGUGGCCUUAACCUGCCAAAUGGCUCAUCAGUGUACCAAGAAAUCAUGAGUCGCAUGCCCCUUGGACCUCACAUGUAAAAUUUCAUUCCCUGAUUCUUUCUUCAAAGAAAACACUAAUGUUUUUACAUCUUAUAACAUACAUAUAUAUAAUAUAUACAUGUGUAAUGCUCGGGCAUACAUAGGUGAACUUUUUCAUUAUUAGACUGUCAUUGUAAUGUUUGACAUUCAUCAUCACAUGAGCAAAGGUAUAUGUUGUUUUA